AGCUCAUUUUACUGGAGCCGGGGCCGCUCUGAAUAUAAUACGGCAUCGUCGGCAUGUACCAUACGAGGAUCUGCCUCGUCAAUAUCUUGGCUUCGAGGUUCGGCAUGCCAAGCACUAAAAAAGAGAUAUGCUGCAGCACCAAGAAACCUGUAACAAUGCGAUGGAGCGGCGGGUGUUCGGCAGUUCACGCCCCAAAACGCCCCCCAACCCCAAGUUCCAAGCCACUCAGCCCUCCAAGCGAUCCAGCUACCAACCAUAAUUGCUUAUCCAACCCACCAAAUUGCGGCUCGUUCACACACAGCCCUGACAGCGUGGUUUCACCCAGCGGACCACGCGACUGGGAUCGUGGGAGGAUCGACAUGCCAGGCUUGGCAGGUCCAAUUUGUGGGGGAGGCGGGCUUGCAUCCUAUCGUCCAUCGUCACUAUUUGUUAAUAAGAUCAUGCAGCUGGUGGGUGUCUGGGUGUCGCGUGUGGUUCGGCGAUCCAACAUGGAGAGCCGAUAUUCCCGACCACGAUCAUCCAAUUAUUUGCCAACGUUCAGAUUGCGUUGCCGCAGCAAGGUUAUCUGCACAGCGCAUUCAGGAGCAAGUCUCAUCAUGUACCGUGGCCUGACCGAAGGCUCAGUACAUAUACAGACUCCCACUGGCCGCGUCACAGGCUAACGUUGAGAGCCAUUUUAACAAGACGUCGUCAGUCGAAACGAGGCUGUCGCGCUUUCUCCCCACAACGUCGAUCUAUGUCGGAUUAAAUAUCCACAGAAGCCAGUCAGAAAAUGCGACGGAAACAUCUGAUGACAGAUAGUCUACAAGGGAUACCAUGUCUUCAGUGUGCGAGUGUGGGAUAUUUCUGGCCGCGGGCCAUUGAAACAAUGGGGCUACGGCCUGGUCUCCACAAGCUUACGACUACUCUAUCACAGCGGCCAUCGCUCCUCUCUACGACUCGCGGCCACCGCUGGCCUCCCACUUCGGGGAAUUAUGCCACGGUGAUCCUCAGCAAUUUUGCGGCCCCUCUGGUUUGUGGAACCGCUCAUCAACGGCCGCCGAAGCUGGUAAGUCCAUUAUAUCACAUU